AAUACACACAAACACACACAUUCAUUUCAUAUACGACACAACUCUCUCUUUCCAUCUUUCACAUCCAAUCUCCAUUCUUAAUCCACCUUGUUUUCAGAGCCCCUUUUCCUAACUCCGGUCAGCGCCGUCUCCGGCAAACAUCCUACGAGGAUGAACUCCGACAACCUUAAACAACAACACAACCACAAUUCAACAACAUUAAAAUCCCAACAUCAUCAAACACAUCAAAACAACAACAUUACACCUCUAUCAAUCCAAUUACCAUCCUCCAAUCAAGAAAUUAACACCGGCGAUGAGCCCACAACUCCGACGUCACAAGAUCACAAAAUUCCGGCGCCUGCCACGUGUCCGCCGGCGCCGAGGAAACCAAGAUUGAUCCCGGUGGGGAAUAAGAGAAAGACGCCGAAUGUUUCGAGAAUUUCGGUAGAUUUGAUGGUGAUUUUCGAUGCGAUGUUUGUUCCUCCGGUGGGUGCUGCCGGAAAUGGUGUUUUGGCGGGAGAUGAUGGGGCCGGCGAACGGGUUAAGAAAGUUAAGAAAGUCAAGAAGGCCGAUGUCACUAUCGGUUGAUGAUGAUCAACUUAGUGCUAACAUCUUAUCUUUUUUUUUAUUGAUUAUUAUUUUUUUUAAUUUUAGUUUUAAUUUUAAUUUUAUUGUGAAGUGAACUAUGUGAAUUGUUUGAAGAUGUUAACAAAGAGAACUAUUCCUCGAUUGCAAAUAGAAAUAGAUUAUGUUCAAUUGUCAUGUUUUAAAA